ACAGCCAGGAAGCGGCCCCGCCAAGGAGCGGGGACGGGGCUCUGCGCGGCGCCGGGCAGCGCGCUUGGAACGGCCGGGCCGCGUUUGCGUUGGUUACAAAGCAGUCCCGGAGCUGCCGUUCCUUGGUUGGUUGUGAUUUGUGGCUAAAUAACGUACUGUCCUGGCUAAGGCCGUGUUACAAAGGAAUCUCUUGGCGCGUAGUCACCUGUGGCACGUGCAUAUUAAUCACAUUUGCUGCUCAAAUCAGUCUGCAAGUUGCUAAGUACAGAGGUGAGCAGCUGCUCUCUGAAAUGUUGUAAUGUGCUUCUGCAGUCGGAUCGUAUCUGACACCCAAAUCAUAGAAUCCUUAGAGUUGGAAGGGACCUCUGAAGGCCAUCUAAUCCAACUCUCCUGCCAUGAACACAGACACCACAGCUAGACCAGGCUGCGCAGGGCCUGAUCCAGCCUUGCCUUGACGGUCUCCAGGGCUGGGGAAUCAACCACAUUGCUAGGCAACCUGUUCCAGUGCCUCACCACCCUCACUGUAAAAGACUUUUUCCUUAUAUCUAACCUAAAUCUACCCUCUUUGGUCUUGAAACCAUUUCCCCUUGUUCUGUCACCACAGACCCUGCUGAAGAUUCUGUCCCCGUCUUUCCUGUACCUCCCCUUUAGAUACUGAAAGGCCGCUCUCAGGUCACCUCACAACCUUCUCCUCUCCAGGCUGAACAGCCCCAGCUCUCUCAGCCUGUCCUCAUGGGAGAGGUGUUCCAUUCCAUGGAUAGAGGUGUUCCAUUCUGUGGGUAAAUGUUGCCUCACAUAAUGAGAGAUGCCUUGACUGGGAGUCUGCACAGGAGGAAACUCAAAGUGUUUUGUCUUCCCUGCUGCCUUUUGAUCCAAAAUGGCUGAAUGUGCAAUCCGGAAAGAUCAUUCCAGUUUGAUGCACAGCCGUCAGUUCUUUUAGGGGUGGAAACAGCUGCUCAUUUGGCUCUAACAGUCUGAGAGCUGGGCACCUCUUAUGCACUACUUCAUAGAAUCACAGAAUCAUUUGAGUUUGAAGAGACCCUUAAAGGCCAUCUGGUCCACCUCCUCUGCAAUGGGCAGGGACACCUAUGGCUAGAUCAGGUGCUCAGCGCCCCUCCAGACUGACCACUCCAGCUCGAAAGACUCUUUCAUCACACUGAACUCCCUAAAACAUAAAAGAUGACUGUAGGCCUUACAUUUUCCCUUGUCGUCCUUACAACUUCACCGUUACUCUCAAUACAUCUCAAUUCUGCCUUAAACACCAAGACCCGAGCUUGAUGCCAAUUCUGAUAAUGCACUCCUACUGGAGGACCAUCCUGGCUCUGAAAUCCUCGCUAUCUGAGCUGAAAGUAAUACUUUGAGCCUAUGAGUCACACUGGAUGUAGUCAUAGGCAGAUAAGAGUGUUUUCUCUUGCUGGCAAGCAUGAGUGCUCCAACAUUCCAGUUUUUUUGUAGGCUCUUUACACCCUUGAAGAAGUGAUAGUUUAACUACCACCUUAAAGCACCAGUAUCAAAGGAGAACAGGAAAACUAUCAAGUGUCACUGGAUGAGAAAUUAAACUAUGUCUACAGAGAUGUAUUCUGCAUGCCCAGAGUGUUACAGUAAAAUACAUUUCAGAAAUAUUUCUUCUGAAAGAGAAGAUUUUUUUAGAGAUGGCGUUUGUAAUAUAUGUGAGUUGUUUCCAUAAGACAGGUACACGAUGUCCCCUGAAAGCUUAGUUUAUUGACUUGCAUGGUACUUGCUGCAUGAGAGCAAAUGACACAGCUAUUUUUCAAGCUGCAUUAAUACCCUGGAGACAUGCUGAAAAAUAAGGGAUGCUCAUGGAAUCACAAGGAAAAAGAAUGCAGUUAGCGUGCAUUAGUACUUCCAGGAGUGGAAGUCCCCGCUGGACCAUACCACGUGUCAUAGCCAUUGGUUCUCUCCUACUGAUACUAACAUGCCCUUGGGUUCUGCUCAGAGGGAGCAGAAUUACGCUGUACAGGAAUCACACAGACAACAGUGGCUGAGGUCAGCUGAUCAACAUUAAAUAUCCAGAUAUCCUUCCGCCUUUUAUUGGCUUGCCAGCACUUUGUAGAUCCACCUGUAUCCUGAUGACAAUCCCAGCAUACAGCCUUGAUAGGUCAGACGCAGCACUCACUGCUAGCUAUAGAGCUAGAGGGAUGACCCGUGUUAAAGUACACAACUAUUAGCAAUGCACAGAACUAUUAAGUCUCAUGUUCCUCAAUCUCAGUCUAAACUGCAGUUGUAACUGUAAUUCUGUGAGUUAAUAUGAGAAACUGUUAAUUUCACAUCUGCUAAUAAAUUAUCUGUUAGUAAACUGCAACAGCCCAGACAAACCACAAAGUGUCUAAUGAAUUGCAAUUUUUCAGUAUAAUUACAGUACAGUAAAACAUAAGAAAUGCAUAAUGCAGUGAGGACUUCUUUUUUAUCUCCUACUGUAUUUUCUUCCUCCUCCUCCUCAGUAAUAUGUUCACAGAUAAAAUAGUUGAGACCUCAUCUGUUGGGAAAUAGAUGCACGUGUUCAGCUGGUGCUUGAGUUUCUACAGUAUUUCCAGCGAUGACUUUCAUUUCAGCCGCAGAGGGAUGCGGUGUCAAGGAGAAUCUGUUGCUUUGAGUAAUUCAGAGUAAUUCAAAGCAAUCACAGUAUAACACAAGGAUGUCUGUAGUGUUAUUCAUGAUUCUUGUGGGAGUGCGAACAGGUUGAGGAUUGUUUUGUACGAAGAUUACAUUCUUGUAGACAGUGUUAGGAUAUAUGCAAUUAAAACCACAACUAAGUUUCAAAUAAAAACAGCACAGCUUCCAGAACCUCAGAGCCUGAACAUCCCCUUGCAACAGCUCUGAAGCAGGAUGAUUCUGCCACAGAGCGGUGAAUAAUAUCUGAUUUCUACCAACAAAAAGGCAAACCAGGCCCACUGCUUCCUUUCAGCUUGAAGAGCCUCGUGUUCAGGGCAAGGGAGGCAAUUUGAGAAACAGCAUAAGAAUUAACAACAGUGGGUUUUCUUUGAAGGAUAUUGUCCAUGGAGUCUUAAUCUACUCAUUACACUAUGGUUCCCCAGACCUGCUGCUGUUCCUAUGCUCAGCUGCAUGGGUUGGUACAAGCACAGUGCAUCGCCCUUGUCCUGCUCAUGCUCUCACAAGAGCGCAUUGCCUUGUGCUGGCUCCCUGCCCAGGUUCAAAGCCCUGUCUAUGAGCAUGACAUUAGAUUUGUCAACAAGAUACAACAUUUAGCAAGCACUUGUGGUGUGUUCUCUUCUCUUCCUUGGAAACACAAUCUGCAGACUCUGACAUGAGUUCAAUUAUGCAGGUUAACAAUUCACGUUUACAUGUAUUGGGUUUUUUUCCCCCAUGUAUUUCUUUAAGGAAUUAACAGUGGAUUGUAAUUUUAUUUUAUUUUUUUCUGUUCGAGUUUAGCACAGGCGUGGUUCUGACCCUUUGAGAAGUGCAGGUGACCUGCAUUUAUAGUAAGCAAGGACAAGAGCUCUGGCAGCAAAGAGCAGCGUAUUUGCAUGACAGAACUGAAACAUAACCACGCCUUUCGAACUCAGCUGGACUUCUGGAGGGGUCAUGGAGGGCUGUGAAAAGUUUUGGUACCCAAGGGCCCCAGGAGGCACAUCGCCAUUUCCUUAUAUAUUUCUACGGAGAUUGUAGAGACUGGGGAAGUCUUUGCUUGUGCUGAUUAUGACAGAGAACAGCAUUUUUCAAUAGAAAAAUGUCACAUGUCCUUUUCCUACUUCAGAUAUAUGCUCAGAGGCCAACAUCCUCCCUGCUUCAAGAAAGCUUCAAGUCCUUGUCUACCUUACUGCUACAGCCAGUGUGCUAUUUUCAGAAUUCAGACCUGGGAAGGUUUCUACUGGAGAACUCUCUGACAGCAAAAUUUGUAGGGCAAGCGAUGUUGAAAAGCCAUUGUUGUUCUACAGUUACAGCACUUUUAAAAAAGACAGAAAGGGCUCUUGAUUAUUUGAUCUGAAACAAAUUGUGCAUGGGUGUUCCUUCAUACCUUCCACUUGAGCUCUGGCAGAUGUUUUAGAAAGGCAUUUAGAUGUGACUCGACUCAACUCCUCAUGAAAGGCAUUAGCUAACCGUUAGGCAGUGCUGAAAACCUUCAGCUUGAAUCACCAGCAACACUGGUGAUGGAGGUGAAAGUGGAUGGAUACUUGAGUUUGAGCCAUUUUGGUGCUUUUCCAGCUGCUGGCAUAAAUCAGAGGCCAGGAUUAUUCUCAUUUACAUCUGUCUGGAAGUGUCUCCCUGUACAUUGAUCAUAUUUUGAAGAUUACCAUCUAGAUUCCUCUUGUACCACUGUUUUUUGAAGCAGCAGAGUAGGCCAGCAGAGAUACUGACUUGAAAGCGUGCGCUGGCAUCACUGCUGCUGGUUUCUGACUCAGCAGAGACACAGAUGUGUUUCUCAGAGCAGAGGAUGUUGUUUCAGUUACUCACGCUUCUGAGACUGUUUGGCAUGAAAGACCAAACAGGGUGGAAACUUUCACUUUGAGCAAAAGAACAGUUUUAAUAGAGCCCACAUGCUUGUAUCUUUUCACGUCUGUCCUUUCCCGCUGCUCUCCUGGGCCAAACGUUCAACUCACCGAAAUGAUGGUAGCAGCAAAAAAAGAAGGCAAUUCUGUUAACUGUGAAGAUACAUUUCUGAAAAAAUAUAUAUAACUAUGGGGCUUCUGAGUAACAAAAUGGGGAAAGAUGCUCGUAUCACAGCAGAUUUCUCCGGGAAACACACGAAUGACCCCAUGGUGCCCUUGUGCUGCCAAAAGUCCUCGUCUUCUUUCUGCCCACCUCUUCUCCUUGGCAGGCUGCAGGCAAACUGGUAGAUGCAGCACAGGUCUGGCACAGCUGAGAGGGAUUUUCAGCUCCCCAGUUAAAGCACUCUAUAGGAUGCAUCUAGAAAGCCAGCAUUGAUGUGAACAUCUGGUAACAGCUACAUUGGGGCAAUCAGGGCGUAACUUCUGUAUUUCAUUAUCUAAGGAAGGUGAUUGUAAUGAUGACCAGAACAUCUCUGCAGCGAGUAGAAACAAGCAAAAUGUUGCAGGCUUUCUUGAAAAUGUUCGUGUUCAGUAUGUGAAACUCAUAUUUCUUGAAAAAGCCUCUCUUCGGGGUGAAGAGAACAGUUUCCCUCUUAUCACUUGCACGUAUGCAUUCUUGAUCUGACAUGACUUGCAACCACAAGAGAGCAGUCUUUCCUUUGAAGAUUUCUCUGCUUCUCCAGAACGCUAGAGACAUGCCAUAUAAGUUUGCAAACUGCUUGAGAGCUGUUUCAGUUAGACCAGAGCAGCCGAAACAACAAAGCUUGCAGUUGUCUUUUGGAUUUCAUUGUGAAAAGCCUUUGGGUAGUUUUCAGAUGACAGAAGAUCCUCGGUUCCUGAAAGGGAGGAGUUCUGCCAAAACUUUGAAGAUCCCUGUAAACUUUGCAAAUUACGCCGCUUUUGGAAACAAUUAUAUCAAACGAUAUUGUGGAUUACAAUACAUGAGAAGUGUUUAGAGCCUGGAAGAUUAUUUAUGUUUGGCGUUAACUCGUAUGGUCAUAAUUUCAAGAAGGGAGAAAAGAAAUACACAGGAACCCUCUUAUUAUCUUUUGAAAUAUGAAGAUCAGAGGAAAAGGAAGGUUUAAAAGUGUGGAGUGAUGGUCCUCAAAACCUGUCUAUAAAUUAGCAGGUAUCCUGCAUCUAUGAAAACAAGGCUUAGAGCUGAUUUCCAGGCACGAGUGGACCUCCUGAGUCAUCAGCAGUGCUUUGAGAUCUGAGUUUCUACACUCUGCAGGAGAAAAUUGCCACCCGUGGGGCAGAGUACCUAUACAAAUGUUUCCAUCUUGCCUGGAUUGAUACAGGAUUUGGAAGCCAAAUUCGGGAGCUGACUUUGCACUGGUGAGAAAAGACAAAGCAUGGCCAGCAAUAACGAUGAUGAUGGACUGUUGAACAGGAUUGCAUUUGCAGGAGCGAUGCCCCUGGCUAACAGCCACAUCCGUCCCCACGGGGUUCCCCUGAGAGAACCCUUCGGGGUUCCCAUCCACCUCGACCCGUCGUACUGGGAGCGAGCCUAUGGUGGGCAUGCAGGUCGCAUCUCCUACGUCCCAUUCCCUGGCUACGUGGGCGUCUACGACUAUUCCUUUGAGCCUGCCUUCAUUCGGAAGAGGAACGAGAGGGAAAGGCAGCGGGUGCGCUGUGUGAAUGAGGGCUACACACGCCUGAGAGAGCACCUGCCCAAGGAAUUUGCUGACAAGCGCCUCAGCAAAGUGGAGACCCUGAGAGCAGCCAUAAACUACAUCAAGCACCUGCAAAGCUUGCUGGACUGCCAUCCCCUGGGGUCUAGCAAUAAGGAAACACUCACCACCAAGGAGCUUCCAGAUGCUCCCAGCCCCGGUCCUCUGCGGGAAUGCAACAGUGAUGGAGAGUCGAAAGCCUCCUCAGCCUCAUCCCCCUACAGUGAAUUUGAGGAGGUGGGUAGCUAGAAAUUGGCCCCCUGGAGAAAGGAGCCUUCAGGACCUUCUGAAAGCCAGAACUAAAUCCCCUGGGAUUUUUCUGCAGAUUAAGAUGAAUACCAGGAAAAAGGAAGACAGCCAGGAGAAAAGAUAAAGGUAUUUUCACUCUUUCAAAGGACAACUGUGUUGUCUGCACAGAACUUAAAGAUGAUUUGUAAGCACACAGACCUUGCUUCAGCUGUUCCAAAUAUGUUACUAACCUUUGGAUUGUUGCAUUCUUCUUUUCAUUCAGCUUUUGUUCUAUUUUCAUUUGCCUUUCACGCAAGAAGAGAACAAACCCAGAUAAAUCCAUUUCAGGAAAUCCCCUUUCCCUUUCUCCCACUCCGUCCUUUAAGUUUUAUUUUCCUGCUUGCUAACUUGGAAUACCCUGGGUUAGAAACAUUUCGACUGGGAAAGGUAAGAUUUAGAUAACACAUCUUUCCCUAAAAUUGUUAGAACACUCCCAGAAAUGCUCCAGUUUCUAAAAAGUCAGUGUUGUUAUAAACUUGUGAGUGGUUUCUUUUUCUGUGGCAUCUUCUAAAGCCAAAGAAGCAACUCAUGCAUUGGAUUCUGGCUGUUUGGUGGUUAUGGGAGGGAUGAUUGUCAGGAAAAGAAAGUCUGACACUUGCACUCUGAAGUGUUCUAGAAAGUGGUAGGCAGAGAUUUGUAAGACUGCACCCAAAAAGGCACAGCUUCACGUCGGAUACUGAAAAAACGUUGCCAGCCUAUUUCUUUCUUUACUCAAAAUUGAGUUUGUACACAAAAUAGUCCUGAGUAUUUUUGACCGGUCAGAACUUGGAAAUAGGCUCCUGGAGUGGUCAUGUAAUAUGUACAAAAAGGGUAACAUUAAGUAUAUCAGUUUACAUCUGUGUGAAGGUGUAGGUGUUUCUCCUUUUGAUCAGAACAUUGCAUUACUUUUUCAAAGAAUGCACCUUUUCAAAUGAAUAUCUUGAAGUAUGUGAAAUACCUUUCAUUUCGACAAUAUCUGCUUCAAAUGAGGACUUUUCCCCAAAUUGCUCAAAAAUCUUCCUUUCCCCAAGGCCUCAUUUAAUUAUCAUUUAUCUAUGAGCUUGUAUCCCAUUCUGAAUACAAGGGAAACUCCUCCUCACUCAUAUAUCUGACACAAACCUUCCAAACUUCUGCUUUUUUGGCCUCACUUUGGCGAAAUGGUUUUGUAUCAUUUUGUCUUUCCUUCACAAUGUGCUGACCGAACACCUGAAAACACACUUGUUUGUAAAUGAGAGUGCGUACUGAUUAAAUACCUCAGAUGUGUCCAUCAAUUUCAUUUAAAUAAAAAAUGCAAUACA